AUGCCGAUACAAUAUAACCCACAAUCUCUGGAGGACAGUGUCGCGCCCAUUCCCGCCUUGUCAAUUUAUAUAUCGGCCGACCCGUCGAGGAAAGGUCCCAUAAGCAGUCAAGCGGGAAACGUCACGUCACCUGAGAAAAGAAACAAUUGGAGUUUGCAUAUCUCGAUCAACAACGCUGAGUCCAUCCAACUCGACACGAUCGUUGGACCAGGCGAUGUUCUCUUGUUAGAAGUAAGCCACCAACCAGAUCGAGGAAGUGUUAAGCGGAUUGACCUCUCAAUACCCACGGAAUUGUCGGUGGAGAGUAUUAUCACGGUGCUACGAAAGCACAAGCAUGAUUGCUACAGAUUCGCACCAGGAGGAAGGGGGACUCGGCAUUGGAUGAAGACGACACUUGCGCUCUUGUUCUCUGUCGGAUAUCUCUUGGAUGAGUAUGAAGUGCAACAAGCCAAGAAGGCUUUGGAAGAAGUAUGGGCUGGCCAAGAUCAACCUGUAGCUUCCAAGGAGCAAGCCCAGAUGGAGAUUGGAACAUUCUUUGACCCCGACGAAGCAGACUCGAACCUGUAG